AGAAACAUUGCUUGAGCCGUUCCUUCAAGACAGCUGUAAGUGGAAAAGAAAGCUAGAUGAGCUCGUGUGUGCUUGAUGAGGAGAACUUCCGUCGCUGCUGUCAGCUCCUGCUGCAGCAGUCGCAGCAGCUGGGAGACGGCUGGAGCUGGGAGGCAGUCCGGGGUUCAGAUGAGGGCUACCUGAGGAAGACUGCUCUCAGGUCAGUCGUCAUUGACUCAACCCCAGUGUGGGACCAGGAAGGAUCAGAUGCAGAGCCACUCACUUCCUAUCACCCCUGGCCUGACAAGCAGAGGCAAGAAACAGAACAGUCUGUUCCUGUUGCCUCAGCCGACGUUGACAGCAUCAGCGGUGACAUAGAUGAUGAUGAUGAUGACGAUAACGGGGACUGUCCGGUGUCUGAAGGCAGCAGACAGGUGCUGCAGUACGAGUAUCACAUCCUGCACUCCUGCAGCUACGGUACUCCUGUGCUGUAUUUCAGAGCCUCCACUCAGGAGGGGAGGAGCCUGUCAUUAGAAGAGAUGUGGAGCUCUGUUCAUCCAAACUUCAGGCUUCGGCUUCAGAGCAGUCCUUUGAAUACAAUCACUCUGCAGGAGCAUCCCCUGCUGGGUCAGCCAUUCUUUAUGCUACACCCCUGUAGAACAGAGGAGUUCAUGCGGCCCGUGCUGCAAGCGGCUCAGGAACAGCACAAGGCAGUGAACUACGUGUUGUCGUGGCUCAGUGUGGUGGGUCCUGUGGUAGGUCUGGAUGUUCCUCUGCAGUACUCCACCCAGCUCUGUCCUGCAGCAUCACCCAGCAGCACCAAACCAGACUGAGGCUGCACCUGCUCUGCUUCUCCCUCUCUGUCAGCAUCACUGUGGAGUCUCUCUCUACAGAGGCUGGAUUAUCAGCUGGGAAAAGUGGGCAAUAGACAGCUGCUUUUGAGGGGUCACAGUUAAAUUGAGGCAACAAAUUUACUUGGUUAGGGUUAGGAAAAGAUCCUGGUUGACAUUGGUCACGUGAGUCCACUCACAUCAGCUGACUAAGGGCUCGUUAGAUACUGAGAAAGAUGGAGCCCUCUGUCCGUACUCUGCCUUCAUUUUGUCUGCAUAUGUGUAUGUUUUCUGAAAGCUUAUGUAUACGGACGAAACAGAGCAGUACCACUGGAUAUCGUGGAGGCAGAGAAGCUUAUUUCAAGUUAUAAUAAUAAUAAUACAUUUUAUUUAAAAAUGCAUACAUAGCAUAAAAUAACAUACAGAGCAAGAAACAUAAAAUGUAUGACCUUAAUAGAUGACAAAGACAAUUAAAUAAUGGCAGAACGGAACAAAUUGCUAAUAUAGUGAAAAAAAAAUUCUGUCCAUUUUGGGAUUUAUAUAAUGGUUGCAUAGACCACAGCUGCUGUCUUGUUUGUUGUUGUGUGAAACUUUUGACUCUGCCCUCUAGUGCCAUCUGUUGGUCGUGUCAAUGCCAACAUGACGGAUGCAUGGAAGUAUGAAGACAGUGAUGUUUACAACCGUUGAAAUGGACAUAUCUAUUUUCAUACAUAAAGGGAGUAUAAAUAAACCUUGACAAGUGACUAACAACUGAGGUGACAAAGUAACUCAAUGGUGACUUGUAGUUUCACACCCAACACAAACACCCGUCACCUGGCUCAGAGUGCUGUGCUUGUUGGACCCAUCCACCUUUCCUCCCAUUCAAAGUGGACUUUCUUGCUCUUUAUACUGUACUCUCUGAAUAUUUAAUAAUGAUGCACAUGGGUUUACAGUGGAGUUGGUUGAAAGCCUGGUGCAUCUCAUACAGACACUAAAGGGUGUCCCCUGGUGUUACUGCCCAAGCACUGUAUUUUGAUGCCCUGGGAGUGAGACCAGGCUGUAUAGAGUACUCUAGGGACGAAGUUUUUCUGUAGGCCGACAUGGAAGUUAGUGUCGCCCUGGUUCACUCGUCAAAAAGCCAGUGGGGUUUUUCCAUUGGAUUUUGGAUUACUGCAGAAAACUAAGCUCUUUAUAGAUUUUGUUCAGCAAGAUUAUCGUCACAAAUGAACAGCACUUUAUGAUUUUUGAAGCCUAAAUGCAAUCGCAAUAAGUAAAAAACUAACAUGAGGUUAUAAACAAACUACACCACAACCAGUCUGUAAGGCCAUGUUUGGUGUGAUGAUGUUCUAUAGUCUCAUUUAGCCACUUGUUAGCAACCGCCUUUUUUAAGACACAUAAAAGCUACAGAAUUCAUGACUGGGGUAUUUACUGACAUAUUUAAUGUCGCAGAACAAAACAUGACAAUCUCUUAAGCUUGUAUUAACCACAGACCUUAUUUCAGGCAUCUAACCAAAAGCCCAUUGACUUAUAGACGGGGGGGCUGAGAGUGCUACGAUGCUAACUAAUUUCGGGGUUUUAGGAGUCAUUCCGGGGACACUUUAUAGCUGAUAUUUCUAAGGUUUCUCUGGAAACAGCUGCAGUGAGAUGAUGAUGCAUUUAUCUAACACUCCAGAGUUUGAAUGUAAUGACAUGUUUCUGAAAUAACCUCUAGAAAAUAAACUA